CCCACUGAGACCCAGAGCUCCCACAGCUCCUGACCAAAACAUGAAGUUGUCCAUUUAAACGAAUGAACUGCUGCUAGGGAAGUUAAAAAAACCCUGAAUUUGUAUCUUUCUCUUCAGGUUUAAAAAGCAAUAGAGGAAGGAGAGAAGAAAGACCAUGUCUGAACUCAGCCCAAACUCUGAUGAAGAAGUGACCCCUGAGGACAUCAACGAAGAUGAAAUCCUGGCAAACCUGUCCCCUGAGGAGCUAAAGGAGCUGCAGAGUGAGAUGGAAGUCAUGGCCCCAGAUCCCCAAGUCCCAAUUGGGAUGAUACAGAAGGAUCAGACAGAGAAAGCCCCCACGGGGAGCUUUGACCACAGGUCCCUGGUUGAUUACCUGUACUGGCAGAAGGCAUCAAGACGCAUGCUUGAGGAUGAGAGAGUUCCUGUCACCCUCCUGCCCUCUGAGAGAAAUGCAGCAGAAGAGCCAGAAGGACAGGCUGGUGGCAGCAGCGAGGUGGCCAACGGGAGGGUGCCAGGAGCAGAGGGAAAAGAGAGACAUUACAAAAAUGAGCAUUUAUCCAGCUCAGGAACACAGUCUGGGGAGACAAAGAAAGAUGGAAGCAAUAAGGAGAGAGAGGAGGUGGAGGAAGAAGCUGAGGAGGAAGAGAAGGAGGAAGAUCAGACCGAAUUGGAAUCAAAGAAGAGUUACAACAAUGCCAAUCAUCACAGUGAGCAGAUAAGUAAGAAACCAGAUACAGAACCAGGACAAAAUACAGAAAAAACAGAUGAAAAGGAGAGGAAAAUAUCAAAAUUGAACAUCCCCAAAAAGUUAGCACUGGAUACCAGCUUCAUCAAGCUAAGUGCCAGGCCUUCAGGCAACCAAACCAAUUUAGAAGAGAGUCUGGAGAAAGUCCGAAAGAAUGACCCUGAUGUCAAAGAGCUCAACCUGAACAACAUAGAAAACAUCCCCAAAGAAAUGCUGAUAGACUUUGUCAAUGCCAUGAAGAAGAACAAGAACAUCAAAACCUUCAGCUUGGCCAACGUGGGGGCUGAUGACAACGUGGCCUUCGCCAUGGCCACCAUGCUGAGGGAGAACAGGAGCAUCACCACCCUGAACAUGGAUUCCAACUUCAUCUCUGGCAAAGGGAUCGUGGCCAUCCUGAGGUGCCUGCAGUACAACGAGACCCUGACCGAGCUCCGUUUCCACAACCAGAGGAACAUGCUGGGCCACCAGGCAGAGAUGGAGAUUGCCAGGCUGCUGAAAGCCAACUCCACCCUCCUGAAAAUGGGCUACCACUUCGAGCUGCCAGGCCCCAGGAUGGUGGUGACCAACCUGCUCAGCAGAAACCUGGACAAGCAGAGGCAAAAGAGGCAAGAGGAGCAGAGGCAGCAGCAGAUGAAAGAGCAGAGGGAGUUGAUUGCCAUGCUGGAAAAUGGACUGGGUUUGCCUCCUGGGAUGUGGGAAAUGCUGGGGGGGCAGCUGCCCCAGCUGAGGAUGCACCAGCCCCCGCCAGCCCCCAAACCACCCAUCCCCAUGGCUCUGAGCAAAAGGCAGGAGGACAGGAGGCAGCCAGGCCCUGAGAAGCCCCAGGGAGAGCAAUCCCUCAGCUUCAAAGAGUUGAAGCUGAAGAAGACCCAGCGCAAACCUGCCGUGCCGGAGUACGUGGAACCCACGGAGAAAACCAACCUGAAAGAUGUCAUCAAAACCUUGAAACCCAUUCCCAGGAAGCGACCACCUCCCCUGGUGGAAAUCACCCCCCGGGAUCAGCUGCUGAAUGACAUUCGUCAGAGCAACGUGGCUUAUCUGAGACCGGUGCCAUUGCCAAAGCAGCUGGAGUGAGAGUCCAGACUGACCCGAAGAAAACAGCUUGGAAAAAGGACUACUCAAGUUUUGCUUACAAUUGUUUCAGCAGAUGUUUUCUGCAGAACCCAGGUGGUACAUCUGACUCUUUGGGAACAAAGCUUGCAAUCCACACUUCUCUAAGUGUGGUGAAAACAAUCGGCAUGGGAAAAGUCAGUGCUAAAUGUUUCCAUCAGGUAUCAAACAACCCCGGUGCCAUCUGCUUGCCAAGUGGAUUUGAGGCUCUGGUUUGUUGUGGGAGUAUUUUCUCAGAAGCAUCAAUAACCUUGUCUUUCUAGUUUGUCAGCAAACUAUUUUGCUUCCACGUUGUCCUUCUGCUGCCAGAUUCUGCAGGAACACGCUGUGCUUUAUCUUAUCUUCCUUUUCACACACAUGCUUCUUUCUUGUUCUCUUGUCCAUGAGAAAUAUAUUUGAUUUCCAUGUAUGCAGCUUCAUUUUAUAGUCUAAGGAAGCAGAAAUGAAAUAAAGGUCUCUCUGUAAGA